GGCGCAGCUGAUACAAUGGGGGGCGCCAGCGCGGCAGGGGGGCAGGGGCCCAGCUCUUUGUUCCUGUUCUCUGAAGAGAACAUAAUUCGUAGACAUACGCGCUUCAUCAUCGAGUGGCCUCCGUUUGAGUAUGCCGUGCUUUUGACAAUCAUAGCCAACUGUGUGGUGCUGGCACUGGAGGAGCACCUGCCCAAUCACGACAAGACUUUAUUAGCACAAAAACUAGAAGCAACCGAAGUUUACUUUCUAGGAAUAUUUUGUGUUGAGGCUUCGUUAAAGAUUUUAGCGUUAGGUUUCGUUCUACACCGAGGCUCUUACCUCCGUAACAUUUGGAACAUAAUGGAUUUUUUUGUGGUGCUUACGGGGUGUCUGACGUUGUUCCUUCAAGAUUUCGUAACAGUGGAUCUGCGCACGUUGCGGGCUAUUCGAGUGCUAAGACCUCUCAAGCUAGUCUCUGGCAUCCCUAGCCUGCAGGUCGUGCUCAAGUCGAUCAUCAAGGCCAUGGCGCCGCUGCUCCAGAUCGGGCUGCUGGUGCUCUUCGCCAUCGUCAUCUUCGCGAUCAUCGGCCUGGAGUUCUACUCGGGGGCGCUGCACCGGACCUGCUACAGCCUCUACGACAUAGAUGAGAUCGCGAAGGAGGGGGACGCCGAAGUGCCAUGCAACACGGACAACGAGACGCAGGCGAGGUCCCAGGGGAGCAACUGGUGCCGGGACGGCAACUCGGUCUGUCUGGAGAGGUGGGAGGGGCCGAACAACGGGAUCACGUCGUUCGACAACAUCGGGUUCGCCAUGCUCACGGUGUUCCAGUGCAUCACCAUGGAAGGGUGGACGGCGAUCUUGUACUGGAUGAACGACGCCGUCGGGAGCACCUUCAAUUGGAUGUAUUUCGUUCCGUUAAUCGUGUUGGGUUCGUUUUUCAUGUUGAAUCUGGUUCUCGGUGUACUUAGCGGUGAAUUUGCCAAAGAAAGAGAAAAAGUAGAAAAUAGGCAAGAGUUUUUAAAGUUACGGAGACAGGCGCAGCUAGAAAGAGAACUCAAUGGCUAUGUACAGUGGAUAUGCAAAGCAGAGGAAGUGAUCCUGGCGGAAGAGAGAACGACCGAAGAAGAAAAGAUGCACAUAAUGGAGGCGAGGCGGCGAGCCGCAAAAAAGAAGAAACUGAAGAAAAUGGGUAAAAGCAAGAGCACCGACACGGAGGAGGAAGAACAAGAGGAAGAAGUGGGUGAUGAUGUAUUUCUUACAGAGUCUAAGAAAAACUUCAAAGGCUUUGGCAGAACGUCGUACAUGAAAUCCCGAGCGCAGGGUCCCGGAGGAUGCGCCAGUUUCUGGAGGGCCGAGAAGCGUUUCCGUUUCGGGAUUCGCCACAUGGUGAAAACCCAAUGGUUCUAUUGGUCCGUCAUCGUGCUGGUUUUUUUUAAUACGUUUUGCGUGGCCGUCGAAUUCCACGGUCAACCCGACUGGCUGAGCAAGUUCUUGUACUACGCCGAGUACGUUUUUCUGGGUCUGUUCAUGUCGGAGAUGUUCAUCAAGAUGUACGCGUUGGGCCCCCGGAUCUACUUCGAGUCGGCGUUCAACCGCUUCGACUGCGUGGUGAUCACGGGCUCGAUCUUCGAGGUGAUCUGGUCGGCCGUGAAAGGGGGCUCGUUCGGGCUGUCGGUGCUCAGAGCCCUAAGACUCUUGCGCAUCUUCAAAGUAACCAAGUACUGGUCCUCGCUGAGAAAUCUCGUCAUUUCGCUGCUCAAUUCCAUGAGGUCCAUCAUUUCCUUACUAUUCCUCCUUUUCUUGUUCAUUCUGAUUUUCGCGCUGCUCGGCAUGCAGCUCUUCGGCGGCCAGUUCAACUUCGAGAAUGAAACGCCACCGACGAACUUCAACACGUUUCCGAUCGCACUUUUAACAGUAUUUCAAAUAUUAACCGGCGAAGACUGGAACGAGGUCAUGUACUACGGAAUCGAAGCCUUGGGGGGCCACGAGAACGGCGGCAUGGUCUACUCCCUAUACUUCAUCAUCCUCAUGCUCUUCGGCAACUACACUUUGCUCAACGUAUUCUUGGCCAUCGCCGUCGACAACUUAGCCAACGCCCAAGAACUGACGGCUGCCGAGGAAGAACAAGCCGAAGAGAACAAAGAGAAGCAAGAACUAGAACUCCAAAAGGAAAUGGAAGCCUUACAGAUCGAGGCAGGCUCCAACCCCCGCGUCGAGGUCUGUCCGCCCAGCCCCGUCAAAGGCCGCAAGAAGAAGGAGGAGAAGCCGCCCGAUGAGGAGGAGGAAAUCGUCGGUCCCAAGCCUAUGCUGCCAUACUCUAGCAUGUUUAUACUAUCACCCACAAAUCCUGUGAGAAGAUUCGCCCACGGGAUCGUAAACCUGCGUUACUUUGAUUUUUUUAUAAUGAUCGUAAUCUGCCUCAGUUCGAUGGCGCUGGCUGCCGAGGACCCGGUGAACGAGGACUCGAGCUGGAACUUGAUCCUGGACAGAUUAGACUACGCUUUCACUGGAGUGUUCGCCGUGGAGAUGCUCCUGAAAAUCGUCGACCUCGGGAUUAUAUUGCAUCCGGGGUCCUACUUGAGGGAGUUCUGGAACAUCAUGGACGCCGCGGUGGUGAUCUGCGCGCUCGUCUCCAUGGGGUUCGACGUGGCGCAAAACAAAGCGGGUGCGAAUUUGUCGACGAUCAAGUCGCUGCGGGUGCUCCGAGUGUUAAGACCGUUAAAAACAAUUAAACGAGUGCCCAAAUUAAAAGCAGUGUUCGACUGUUUAGUAAACUCGUUAAAAAAUGUGAUAAACAUUCUUAUAGUGUAUAUAUUAUUCCAGUUUAUAUUUGCUGUGAUCGCCGUUCAGUUGUUCAACGGAAAAUUUCGACACUGUACUGAUGCAAGUAAAUUUACAGAAGCCACGUGCCAGGGUCAGUAUUUUAUUUUUGAUGAAGACAGCGAUGUGCCUCGAGUAGAAAAACGCGACUGGAAAUUGCAGAGUUUUCACUAUGAUAAUGUAGCGAUGGCGAUGUUGACGCUGUUUGCCGUUCAGACCGGAGAGGGAUGGCCUCAGGUUCUCCAACACUCGAUGUCUGCCACAUACGAAGAUCAAGGCCCUAUACAAAACUUUCGAAUAGAAAUGUCCAUUUUCUACAUUGUAUAUUUUGUAGUAUUUCCAUUCUUCUUUGUAAAUAUAUUCGUAGCCUUGAUCAUCAUCACGUUUCAAGAACAGGGUGAAGCGGAACUACAAAGUGGUGAAAUAGACAAAAAUCAAAAAUCUUGUAUAGAUUUCACGAUACAAGCUCGUCCUUUAGAGAGGUACAUGCCGAACAAGCGGAACAGCUUCAAAUACAAAAUCUGGAGGAUCGUGGUAUCCACCCCUUUCGAGUAUUUUAUAAUGAUGCUGAUUGUAUUUAACACGUUGUUGCUGAUGAUGAAGUACCACGAGUCACCGCCCUUGUUGUCCGACAUCCUGGCAGCAAUGAAUAUUCUAUUUACCUUCCUCUUCCUUUGUGAGACUGUUCUCAAGCUCAUCGCUUUCGGCAUCAAGAACUUCUUCAAGGACCCAUGGAACACGUUCGACUUCAUAACUGUGAUCGGGAGCAUCGUGGACGCCAUGGUGGUGGAAUUUGGCGAAAGGGCAGCCAAAAUAGCGAAAGAGAGGUCUCGAAAAUCUGGAGCAAAGUUAGGUACCUUUGAUAGCAUCGUAAAGUGGAUCCAGGAAAACUUCAUCAACGUCGGAUUCUUGCGAUUAUUUCGAGCCGCUCGUCUGAUCAAACUGUUACGUCAGGGAUAUACCAUACGAAUCCUGCUUUGGACGUUCGUCCAGAGUUUUAAAGCUCUUCCUUACGUCUGUCUUCUUAUCGCCAUGCUGUUUUUUAUCUACGCAAUCAUCGGGAUGCAGGUGUUUGGAAAUAUUGCGGAAAUACCCAGCGAGGCCAUCACUCGCCAUAACAACUUCAGGACGUUCAUCCAGGGGCUGAUGCUGCUAUUCAGAUGCGCCACCGGCGAAGCCUGGCCUAACAUCAUGCUUUCGUGCAUCAAGGGCCAACCAUGCGACCAAGAAGCCAAAAAACCUGCCAACAGUUGCGGCUCCAACAUCGCCUACGCCUACUUCGUCUCAUUCAUCUUCUUCUGCUCCUUCCUGAUGUUGAACCUGUUCGUGGCCGUCAUCAUGGACAACUUCGACUACCUAACCCGCGACUCCUCCAUCCUGGGCGCCCACCACCUGGACGAAUUCGUGCGAAUCUGGGCGGAGUACGACCCGAACGCCACCGGGAAGAUCCACUACGUGGAGAUGUACGAUAUGCUGAAAAACAUGGACCCGCCCCUCGGUUUCGGCAACAAGUGUCCGAAUCGCCUGGCGUACAAGAAGUUGAUUCGGAUGAACAUGCCCGUGGACGAAGAAGGCAAGGUGAACUUCACCAGCACCCUGUUCGCUUUGAUCCGGGAAAACUUGAACAUAAAAAUGAGGUCGGCGGAUGAAAUGGAUCAAGCCGAUGACGAGUUGAGGGAGACAAUCAAGAACAUCUGGCCGCUGCAGGCGAAGAACAUGGUCGAUUUGCUGGUGCCUCCCACCGACCAUUUGAACAACGGGAAAUUGACGGUGGGGAAAUUGUACGCCGGACUGUUAAUUUUGGAGAGUUGGAGGAGCACCAGGUUCGGGCAAGUGGAGCCCACCGGAAUUCCGGGUUUUGGAAAUAGUCCCUCAGCAAAUCACGCGAAAGCGUCGUUUUUUGACUGCCUGUUGGAUAUGGCGGGUCACUUGGGCGGAAGUCGCACAGGCUCAAUGAGUUUAGAGGGAGCCCCUCUCAUGGGGGGCCAGGAGGUCACUGAUUCCCAUGCCCACGAAGAGAGCUCCUUAGCCACUCUCGCGCGGAGAAACACCAAGAGAAAUCGAUCCAUGAGGAAUAAAAAGGUGAUGGAAAUACAAGAGGGAAUGGGCUCGAGGCGACCUUCCUGUGAUAGCAUUGUAGAUCAGCAUUUACAUCCGGCGAGUUUCGGCAAUACGCAUCGCAGAACGUCUAGCCUUCGACGCAACUCGCCUUCGAUGCAAAGAAGCCCCUCCCCCCGCCGCAAGUACCCCCCGCACCUCCACCACGACAUCGGCUUCUCGGACACCGUGUCCAACGUGGUGGAGAUCGUCAAGCACGAACACCACAAGUCCUCCUCUCACCACACCCGCAUCAGAGUCCCGUUUUCUCCAGGUUCUUGGUCCGCGUCGACCAGCCCCGCCCGGUCUCCCUCCCCCACGCACGCGGGCGUCCGCCACAACUCCGGCUACGGCCCCCUGCGUUCGUCUCGUCGUGGCGGCGGCUACGGCACGACGAGCCUGUGCCAGCGCUCGCGCUCGCCCAGUCCCACACACCCCAUCCCUCACCCCCAAGGUCCACCCAUAAUCGGUGACGGUUUCACAGCCGGUGCUGUGGUAGGUAUCCCGAUGCAACAGUCGGCGGCCCACCAGAGCAGCGUCCAGCACAGCCACCCGAUGCUGGGCGGGCGGCGCGGCCAGGGGCGGCGCCUGCCGCCGACGCCCUCGAAGCCAUCCACCCUCCAGCUGCGCCCGGGACCGAUCAACUUUCCCAAACUCAACGCCUCUCCGACGCAUUUGCAGUCCCACUCCGCUCACGCCACCCCCCACGUCGUCCCCCACCACAACUACCAGCACCGCGAGCGCGAGCCCCUCAGGGAGAUAGCGGCGACCGGCGGCGGUGGCGGCGGCGGCGGCGCUUCCGCCAUCGCCGUCGCCUCCAACGCCGCCCCCCUCAGCUUCGAGCAGGCGGUGGCUCUGGGUCGCGGCGGCCGAAUGCUGCCCAGUCCGGUGCCUAACGGCUACAAGCCGAAACCGACUCGGUCGUCACGACACUCGGACUCUGACGACGACGACUGGUGCUAACACACGGAGAACACUCAGUAAAUGAGUUCACAUUCUUUCGUUAGUUAGGAUUAAACCGACUAGUGUUAAAUUGACGGACGAUCACAAACUGGAACGCUACAAAAUUGACAUAACUGUUAUUCACAAUAAGUCUCUGGCCUUUCAGGAAUUGAAUAACAAGUUGAUGUUGUGUUGGUGUCAUUCUGCAGUGGUGAACUCGGCUGUCACUGGACUAGGAUAUUUUUGAAUUUUGUAACUACUGCCAAUAACAAUUUUAAACUUAUCGCCCUUGUAUUUGGAGCUUGCGGGGGCGCGGGGGCGGCGCGUCGGCGAGAGUCGUGGCGGUGCCCGCCGCCCCCGCAGGCGUUACGCAUAGUGAUGUACGAGUUGAAGUUUCGUAUACAUGUAUAUAAUUAAAGUAAUAAUGAUGAUUGGUAGUUCUGAAAUUUACAUAAAUGUAAUUUAUACCAACCAUUUUAUUCUGAUAAAUAAUUAUAAUUCUUCCCUAAAGUGCUUUAAACACUAAAUUUACGAAACAUACUUGUUACAUCAAUAAAAUGUGAAUGUUUUCGUUGAUUUUUUCAUGUGAUUAGUUGUAAAUUAUUUCUGUGAUAAGAGCACUCGCGAUGUGUUAGUGGUUUCAGUGCUCUGGACUUUCACUUUUAGUUGUAAAGACCUCCCAAACCCUACUACGCAAAUUUCUAGUGUUAAAGAAGGGCAUUAGCCCGCUUAGUUUAUUAAAAAUGAUGCCUUAUAACUAAAAAAUCUACGCGGAGAAACAGUGACGUCUAUUUUUCGUACGUUUGUGUUUUUGAGUUCGUGAUUCAAUGGCCAAAAAAGUAAAAUUCGCAGUUUCCCAUCGUACCAAAGUGUGCUGGUCCAUAGGAAUUUUUUAAGAGACAAGAAAAAAGUCCACGUGUUAUCACAUAACAUCAAGUAUUGUCGUCGACAAAAUCUCGUUUGCCUGUUUUUUAUCAUUAAAAUUAAUUGUAAUAUCUCUGCCAAUUGAACAAAAUGCGGGUCUCGUAACUGAUUUAAAUUCUCUAGAAUAAGUAGCUUAGUCUGAACGAGCGUUGAGAAUGUGAGCGUGUCUUUUAUGUGUGGCUUCGCAAGGCAAAAAUGAGCCGUUUGUUUGUAUUCACAGACAUUUCCGAGAUGCUGUUCUUCGUCUGUUUUAUUACAUUGAAUUGAAAAAGUCCAAGUUUUAUAUCCAGCAUCUGUACAUAAUAUAGGUAUAUUGAACAAAAAAAAAAAGAAUCUAAUUCUAGAAAUAUCUGUUAAUACAUGCUAAUCUGUUAACAUUUCAAAAAUGAUGCUGUACAAUCUGUUAAUAAAUUAAAAUAAAGUAUUAUCUUGUUAUACACAUACUUAGGCGAAUAAUUAUUUAUCUCUAGAUUAAGCCGAAUAGCAGCAGCAUUUUUGAAGUCCGUUGGAGUAUGUAUAAAUAAAUUUAUAUCUUUUUCGUAAUUAUGUUAUUAAAUAUUUAUGUAUUUAUCCAUCAGUGAAGAAUUUGCAUUAGUGUUAAUUAUAUUAACAUCGCUUAAAUGCCCAUUUUUUAAUGAAAAUUGUGAAUAAAUAAUAAUAUACUUGG